GAGAGAGAGAGAGAGAGAGAGAGAGAGAGAGAGCAUAUUUGGAGUGGAUACUUUGUGAGCCCUGCACUUGUGACAAAAUAGUUAUUGUAGUAUUUUUAAAGUGCUUGUUUUGCCGUGUAGUGUCUCUAAAUGCACACUUGGUUCCGCAGAAGUAGGUACACAUAAUAUAGGUAUUGACUCACAUUAGAAUCCCCUUUUCUUAAGCAUAUCAUUGGGAUAUCGGUAGAGUGCUGUCUAAUUAGAGCAGUCUCACACCUGCUGUGUUCAUAUCCCGAAACACUAAAUGUGUUAAUACGCUGAAUCCCAGAACAGAUUCAUAAAGGAUAAAUCAACACUAUUGCAAGACUUUUUGUAACGUUUGCACCUAAAUGGGCCAACGAAACAAAACUCCCCCAAAAUAGAUGCUUCUGCUUGCUUAAAUGAACUGAGAGGAUGUUAUGGCGCAGACUAACUUUAGAAACAGGAAGUCCCUGUUUCUGUUGCGUAUGUGAGUGAGUGUGUCUGUGUGUGUGUGUGUGUGAGAGUGUGUGUGUGAGUGUGAAUGCGUGUUAGUUUGUGUAUGUGUGUGUUUGUGUGUGUGUGUGUGUCCCCGUCUGUGAGUGUUUAUAUGCGUGUGCCUGCUCAAAUGUGUGUGUGUGUCCAUGCACGCCUGUAUGUGUUUGCAAGAAUGUAUGGUGUGCAUGUGUUUUUGCGUGUUUGCACUGCAACGGUGUGCGGUAGCUUUCCGCCCUACAAAAAGCGGAUGAUCAUUGUGAAACAAAAUAUGCUAUUACAGAAACCAGAACCUUGUCUAUUUAUAGCUAUUCUUAACCAAGAGACACUAAAGAACGCACAGCGCUAGUCCCGAAACAAAGUUUCAUUUAUAUUCAAGAUUAAUGAUUCAAAGGGCUGUUUUGCCACAGAAAACGUUCAUUUUCAUUUCAAAAGCAGAAAAGUUAAACAUAUGUACGUGCGUCUUAAAUUUCACCAGACAAACAAUAUCCAUUAUACCGAUUGCAAAUAAAACAUGUAGAAAAAAAAUGGGUCAAUUAUUAACAAUGUGGGCUAAAAAUAGACACAAUUCACUAGUAAACCAGCCUAACAUGACUCAGUGAACAAGUAAACAGCCGUCUAACUAAGUGACCUCAUUAGACGAACGCUUUAUGGGAGGACGAGCCGAGGCAAUCAGAGCUGCUCUGAAGCCCUGCUAGGUAACAGAAGAAAGCCCGGCUAUCUCGGCAGCUCCGUGGAUGCAUUGCAUUAUGCAGGGACUUAGCCAUUUGUGUGCUAUAAUUACCAUGGGAACUACAACGAUGGAAUCUAAUGUGUAACGCCCCACGUCUGGAUCAAAUUAGAGAACUAAAGAAGUUAUUCUAGUGGAGACACUGGAGACACGUAAUCCCACACACGUAGCUGGAGAAUAGAAGGACAACAUUACAAUCCAGCAACUUGGUAAUGGAUAGCUCAGGUCGCUGGGUCAUUUGAGCUAUAGGAGCUGGGCUCUAGUUUAUACAUCGCAUGUUGUUAUGAAAACACACAGUUUGGUUUGGAAGAGGGGGAGAUGGUUGAAAAUAGACAGCAGGUGUUGUUCGUUGUAUUCUCGCCGUUAUUUCGGGGUGUUUUGGUGGUGAGGAGUACACCACCAAACACUUCCUAGCCAAGGGGCUUUCUGACUUCCUACCCAAGGGGCUUUCUUCUGAGAGGGAAAAGGGGCCUGUUUUGUAAUCCUCGGGUGAGUGUGAAUGCCUGCAUGUGUACGCAUGUGCACGUCAAAUGGGUUUAGGGGUUUUGAGAAGCAAAACACAGAGAGCUUGUCUGAUUUCCCUUGAAAGCAACACAUUCUUCUGGUAACACAAACCGUUGGAUUGCUCCUGCUUCCUGCACCCACCUCCCCUCCUCCCCUCUUUAACUCCAACCAUGAAGAGAGAUGUGAUGUGUGCGAGACGCAAUAGGAACAACAUGAUGAACAUUAGCCUUGACACAGCCAGUGUCCAGUGCAGAAAGUAAAACAAGUUAAGAGUCGUCCAACAUCAAAGGCACAUGUACAACAACAGCAACAAUGUCCUCGUCGUAAAUCUUAUUCCGGUGUGCAGGGUGAACGCGCGGCCUUCUUGAAGUGCAAAGCACACACUGUGUAAAAGCUUCUGCAGUACAAACCGUUUACUUUGGUUUUAGCUUAUUGGUUCAGACAAGUAAAAAGACAAACAAAACAAGUUUGAAGAUAAACUUGUUUUGUAGUAAAUAUGAUGACAGUGAUUUUCCACUCAAACAAAAAACCCUGCAUUAAGAUAUGGCAAUCAGUUGUCUUGAAUGUAUAUAUAUAUUAUAUAAAAAAAUAUAUUAGAUAUUUGUAUUUGUAUAUUUAUUUAUUUAAUUAUUUUUGUAUUUAUUUCCCAUUGGUCACUUGGUCACACACACUCACACAUUGACACAUUUGCGGCAUGGCUCACCCGUUGAGGGCAAUAAGUUGACUAAGGGAAAAGUGUUAAUCUUCAUUCAAACUUCUUCAAUCCCAAAGCCAGUAUAUGUACCAUAGUAUUAGUGAUAUAGUAGAUAUAUAUAGUGUUUCUACAUUCAAAAUCCUUUAUGAUGCAAACUAAUAAACAAACAGACCACAAUCGAUUAUAUUAUUGCUGACCCGUUUCUCUCUGUGACUCACUCAAACACACACACACACACACCCUCGCCGGUCUGAUCACUGUAUCUUCACUGAGUCAUGUGGAGCAUGGUAUGCUUCUGGUCACACUUACGGACGGCUGUGUCUCUGCAAAUGGAUCUGCUUAUGCCACUGUUGAUGUUGGACAUUGUCCUUCUCUGCUUAUAGCUCCAGGAGUAUUGAAUGUGAGACCUGCCCCCGCGGUGUCGCUACCCCCGCGCGGGGAGAAGCCCAUGGACCUGAGGGUCUCCCAGAGGUUGGUGCGCCCGGGCCUCGACGCCAACAUGCUGGCCCCCCCGCACACCUUGUUUCUGGGACACUUCUCCUCCGAGCCGUUCCCCCGUAUCUCCCCCAGCCAUGUAGAGGUACAGUACAACAAUGAGCCCAGUCCAGCAGAGAUGGACACCCGGGAGGAGAUCCGCCAGCUGAUGCACAAGAGUAAGAACGAGCAGAGCGCUGUUGCCAGUCCCCUUGUGAAGCAGAAGCUGCGAGAGCGACUGAUGAGGAAGGUCGCUCAGGAAAGGAGUUCACCCUCCCACAACUGUCAUACUCCUCAAGGAUAUAGGGAACUGGGGCCCGAUCCUGACAUGCCCCCGAAGCCCAAGCCGUCACUGUCUGACCAGCGGCAGAAUCUGGGCAUACGCAGGACAGUCUCGGAGCCCACUCUGAAGUUGAAGCUGAAGAAGCACAUCAACACCAGACAGAGCCCGCUGCAGCGCAAGGCCAGCGCACCCCCGACCGUCAAACACAGGACACACGACGCCUUCGAUUCCUCCCCAAACAGCAGCACAUCAGUGUCUGGCUGCAGCUCACCUAAUGACAGCCUCUUAUCUGACACUGGGACACGCCCACUGAACACAGGAUUGGUCCACGAGGCCAACAGGCUGUUGCUCCAGAACGGCUCCCUGGCCCACUUCUCCAUGGCCUCCGGUUCAACUGGGAUGCCGACCAUUACCGCUGGGCUACCUGCACAGGUGGACCGCCACCAGGGCGGUCUGAUGGGGCCCAGGGGUCUCCAGGUGUCAGCCCUGCCCCACAUCUACCUCCCCCUGGAGGGUUUGAACCCAGCGCUGGCCCAGCGUCUGCAGCCGGUGCUGGUGCUGGAGCCACACACCGGGAUGCUGCACACACAGCUGCUGAGUGUCCAUGGCCUGUCCGCUCUACCUCAGCAGCUCCAGCAGCAGCUCCGGCCUCACCAGCUGCUCCUCCCAUCCGAGGGCGGAGGGGGAGGGGGAGGGGGAGGGGGAGACGACGGCAGGUGUGAGGAGGGGCCCGCCUCCCACAGGCCCCUGAUCCGGACGCGGUCUGAGCCCCCGCCCUACAGCCACUCCCCCCUGGCCUCCCCGGGGCUCGCAGAGGGCCCCCAGCACCAGCGCCUGCUGCAGCAGUACCACAACAGCCUGCUGCUGGAGAGGCUCAAGCACCACGCCCACCUGGGGAAGCUGAUCCCCAAGCCCAGCGAGAAGCCCCGUCUGACCCAGAUCCCGUCCGAGGACAUGGACUUGGAGGAGACGGGCUCGGGCUCGGGCUCCGGCCCGGGCUCGCUGUGCGGCUCGGAGCCCGGCUCGCUGGGGGAGGAGCGGCACCUCCAGAGGAGACAGAGCGCCGCCAGCACCGACUCCGUCUACGACACCGAGUCCAACGCGUCCUCGCGGGAGAGCCUGGCGGAGCACCCCACCGCGCUCGCUCAGACGAUGCGCUGGGAACCCCACAGACAGGCGGUGAUGCGCAGGCCGGUUGCUCAACUGGAGCCCCUGGCUUUGCCUGUCCUGAUGGGACCCCACCACCGCCCCCUCUCCAGGGCCCAGUCCUCCCCCGCCGCUACCUCCACACCUCCAGCCCUGCUGGCAGCCCUGCCCCUGGCCAGCCCAGAGUCCCCCGUCAAGCUCCGCUUCACCACCGGCCUUGUGUACGAUACCCAGAUGCAGAAGCACCAGUGUGCAUGCGGAGACAACAGCCGCCACCCCGAGCACGCAGGCCGGGUCCAGAGCAUCUGGUCCCGGCUGCGCGGCCUCAGGCAACUCUGUGAGCCUCUACGCAGCAGAAAGGCUACCCUGGAGGAGCUUCAGUCCGUCCACUCAGAGACACACGUGGUUUUGUAUGGAACCAACCCCCUCAACCGCUUCAAACUGGACAGCAACAAGCUUGCCGCGAUCUUAUCUCAACGGAGAUUGGUGAUGCUACCAUGUGGGGGUGUCGGGACGGACAGCGACACGAUCUGGAACGAGAUGCACACGGCCACCGCCUCGCGGCUAGCGGCGGGCUGCGUGACGGACCUGGCCCUGAAGGUGGCCCAGGGCGAGCUGAAGAAUGGCUUUGCAGUUGUGAGGCCUCCUGGUCACCAUGCAACUCACUCCGCACCAAUGGGCUUCUGCUUCUUCAACACGGUGGCCAUCGCAGCCAAGCAGCUCCGACUGAAGCUCAACGUCAGCAAGAUCCUCAUCGUGGACUGGGAUGUUCACCAUGGCAACGGAACGCAGGAGGCUUUCUAUAACGACCCCAACGUACUUUACAUCUCCCUGCAUCGCUAUGACAACGGAAACUUCUUCCCGGGCAGCGGGGGUCCCACGGAGAUGGGUGCAGAUAAGGGUGAGGGUUUCAACGUAAACGUGGCAUGGACCGGUGGACUGGAUCCCCCGAUGGGAGACGUGGAGUACCUGGCUGCCUUCAGGACGGUGGUGAUGCCCAUCGCUCAUGAGUUCUCCCCUGACAUGGUGCUGGUGUCUUCGGGCUUCGACGCCGUCCAGGGACACUCUCCGAAGCAGGGAGGGUACAAGGUGUCAGCCAAAUGUUUUGGCUUCCUCACCCGUCAGCUGAUGUCCCUGGCGGGGGGUCGGGUGGUCCUAGCUCUGGAGGGGGGUCACGACCUCACCGCCAUUUGUGACGCAUCUGAAGCGUGUGUCAGUACCCUGCUGGGCAUAGAGGUGGAGCCCCUUCCCCAGUCCGUCCUUGACGGGAGACCCUGUGACAACGCCAUCCUCUCCCUCCAGAGAGUCAUCCAGGUCCACGGUGAGUACUGGCAGAGUGUGCGGUCCAUGGCUCCCACGCUGGAGCUGUCCCACCUGCAGGCCCAGAGGGUGCGUCCGCGGCGGGACUCGGACAGCGACCCCCUCAACGCCAUGGCCUCCCUCUCCAUGGGGGUUCGCUCUCCACACCGGUAAAGAUCAAAAAUCAGAGGAUCUCCAGAGUGAUGAUGAAUCCAUAAAGCGCGAGGGUGCAGGAAGUAUCUCCAAACAAGUACCACAUACCAACCGCCACACAGUCACUCAUGUGGAUAUGAGACAAAAAGAACAAUAAUGGGACCAGCUCUGUCGCUCUCUGUUCGACCACUGUGUGUAACACUCACAAACCACUGGAUCACUGCCCCACCUGGCGACCUCAAACUCAUCAUACCAUGAUCCUUUGCCAGAAAUGUUCUCAGGUAAUGUUGACCAAAUUACAUGACCAAAAAAAUACUAAAACUCAUUGAUGAAGGAUGAGUCUUAGCUCCGGUGAAUGUGUGGGGAAGCAGCGAUAUUGACAUGCAGACGUGGAGAUACUUGACAAAGAACAGAACCAUGACUCAGAGCAUCCUGCCUGGGAGAUCUCUCCCCACGGACAUGUUUUUAGAACCACACAGAACUCCAAACCCCAACCUUGUACUCUUACAACGGGGGUCGGGGGUCAAGGUUAUAUACCCACCUGUGACAGACAACAGACACAUCCACUGUACUUAAGAUGUGUCCCACUUUGAUGAUGUCAUGUGUUUAGGUGGGACCACAAUGAAUGAAUGAUGGAUCAGAUCCUGAGAUUUUUUUUUGUUUUGAAUUGUAAAUUCUGUAAUGUGAACCGUGGGUGGAGUCUUAAUCUGUAGAGGAGUACAACGGCAGCAGACAUUAUGCCUGAUAGAGAAUAUUGACAAUCAAAAUGUUUCUGAUUUGUUUGUUCUUUACUUUUUUGUUCUAUUGGCUAUAUUUGUGUUAUAGUUAACUUUCUUGUUAAGGGCUCUACGACUACAGCUAUGCCUGUAGCUGUGCUAUUGUUCAAAUGAACUUGGUGGCAUCCAUCCAUUCAGCACAGCAAAGUCUCUCACAGAUCUGUGAACACUUGGAGGAAGGUGACCUAUAAGAAAACAUUGUGUAGGGUUUCUGUUCUAUAUUAACUUUCCUUUCAAUGACACAAACAUUGAACAUGUGUGAAGUCUUAAUGUACAUUACACAGUGCUAUAUAAGAUUUAUCUGGCCUUAGUUGUGAUGAUACAUAUGAGAUUACUUAGAACAUAGGGCGUCGUAUACAAAAAGCUUUUUACUGGACUUUCUAUGCAAGGUUUGGGAUUCAUAAACACACUCGACAAGACGAUGUAUUUAACUCUACAGAUUUUUCUUUGUAAGUUGGGCCUUUUUUCUGGAGUAAUAUGGUCUAUAUUGUGGGUGUUAACAGGGUGCAAGAAGACGUGCAUUCGCUUGUGGUCACUUUUAGAGUUGAUUGCGAUUCAUGCAUGAAGAUUUACUUAUGCUCACUCUCUCACCCGAGUUUUAUAUAUGAUGCAUUCCUGAUAUGUAUCAAACUGACACACACACACACACACACACACACACACACACACACACACACACACACACACACACACACACACACACACACACACACACACACACACACACACACACACACACACACACACACACACACACACACACA